AUGGCCAGCAAAGACUCAAAGGAAGAUAAGGAUGCGCUAGACGCCCUUGAGCUCGAAGCCAAGGAAUUUGAUAAGGAUGCUGAGAUCGACCGCAUUUUGAAAGCUUUUCGACUUGAUGCAUACGCUGUUCUCGAUUUGCAGCCCGGUGUUCCCGAUUCUGACAUCAAGAUCACAUACCGCAAAAAGUCACUACUCAUCCAUCCCGAUAAGACAAAGAACCCCUUAGCCCCCGAUGCUUUUGAUCGACUAAAGAAAGCUCAGACCGAGCUCAUGGACGAGAAGCACCGCGAACGACUAGAUGAGGCCAUCGCAGAUGCGCGUAUGUUGCUUAUGCGUGAGAACAAAUGGACGCCGGAUAGCGAAGAGCUCAAGACAGAAGACUUCCGAAAGAUGUGGCGCGUCAAGGCCAGAGACGUGCUGAUUGAUGCCGAACAUCGGAGACGUCGACAGAUGAAGGCCCAACUUCAAGAGGAAGGUCGUGAGCAGCGACGUACUGAUGCCGAAUUGGAGGAGCGCAAGCGCAAGCGACAACAUGAACAGGAUUGGGAGUCCACUCGGGAUGAGCGGAUUAGCAGUUGGCGAUCGUUCCAGAAAGGGCAGGGCGGCGACAAGAAAAAGAAGAAGAAGCUCAAGCCUAUCGGUUAA